AUGUCAGUCAGAUGUCUCUCCCCGCUGUUCGUGCUGUUGAUGGUCGUUUCGAUCGGCGCUGUUUCAGGUGCUACUGGUCUGAAAUGUUAUCUGGGCGAUGAAGUUAGUUUUAAACCGAACCCUACACUGUCAUCUGGAAGCACCAUUACCUGGAAAUUCUGGUCUGCUGUUGGGAGUGUGAUUCGAGUGAUUGAAUUUGAUCACGGCGAAUCUACACAUCCUCAUAAUCCUCUCUUUAAAGAGUCCAUAGCAGCAGACAAGUACACUGGGGAACUGACUUUAAAACAUGUUAAGAAAGACCACAGUGGACUCUAUUACUUUGAGAUCAACGGCAAAGAGCAAGAGCAGAAGUUCACAUUACAGGUUAUGGAUCAGUCUUCAGGUGUGAUGGCAGGAAUAUGUGUUUCUCUUCUGCUCCUGGUUAUGGCUGCUGUUGUGAUCUACAGUCACCACAAAAUGAGACAUCAAGGUGUUGAUGCACAUGAAGUGAAGUCAGUGUCAGUGAUGGAGGGACAUUCUGUUACUCUACACACUCAUUUUAUUGAUAUGCAGACAGAAGAUGUGAUAGUGUGGAGAUUUGGACCUGAAAAGACUCGUAUAGUUACAAUCAACUUAGAAGCUAAUAGUUUUUUAGAAUUUGCUGAUGUUCUUGAUGGGAUGUUCAGAGACAGACUGCAGGUGGACAGUCAGACUGGAUCUCUCAACAUCACGGACAUCAAAACUCAACACUCUGGACUUUAUCAAAUGAUCAUCAGCGGCAAACAGAAGACCUCAUACACAUUCAGUGUUACAGUCUUUGCUCGUCUGCCAGUUCCUGUCAUCUCUCAAAACUCUUCACAAUGUUCUACGUCAUCAGAAAGAUCUUCAGUGUCAAAAUGUGUGUUGUUGUGUUCAGUGAUGAAUGUGACACAUGUGAGUCUCUCCUGGUAUAAUGAAAGUCAUGUACACUCCAGCAUCAGUGUGUCUGAUCUCAACAUCAGACUCUCUCUACCUCUGGAGGUGGAAUAUCAGGAUACAAACAAAUACAGAUGUGUCAUCAACAACACCUUCACAAACCACACACAACAUCUCAACAUCACUCAACUCUGUCAGCUCAAUCAGUGUUCAGACUGUGGAAGCUGUUGUCACGGUCCUGAAUCUAUGAUCCGAUUGGUCAUCGCUGCUGUGGUGGGAGUGGCAACGGUUGCUGUUCUGGUUUAUGAUUUACAGAUCUAG